AUGAAGCAUACAAUUCAGUCCAUAACUAGAAUGCAUAUUAAAUUUUGGCUUGUAUUUUUCUUAAUCACCAUCAAUGUGAUUUAUACACAGAAGGCAAAAAGUGUGAAUGAGAAGAAAGAACUAGAACAAAUUAAAAAAACCCCACAAUAUCAACAAGUCAGAACAAAAGUGAUCAAUGCAUUGUCAGAUAAAAUUGACAAUUAUGUAUUGGAUCAGAUACGUAAAAAGCCAUAA